ACGCUGCGAAAACGGCACGUCGUACGGUUUAAAUUGGCCACCGCCGAAAUGGCGAGACACGCGUAGAACCGGAGAACACUCGUAGGUGGGCAGACCGCAGAGGAUCCCGCGAAUUGUGCGAAAUAUCAAAGAUCAAUUAGGAAAACGGAACACGUUUAAAUAGUGGGGGAACUCGUUGGCCGUGACUUCGGUCAGCCUAACAUUGCCGCUGUCAGUCGGCGUCUUGGUCUUCCGUGCGACUACCACGAGUUCCGCUGGCGCGUCGAGUUUCCAUAAAUCGGAGCCCCGCUUCGGAACAACCGCGAUCGGCAGGAGUGCGAACAGAUCUAUCCAACAGUCGACACUUGUGACCGUGUCGAGCGAAAUCGAGAAUGGCCAAGUUACUCGUCCUAAGCGCUGUUCUCCAGGCCUUGCUACUCUAUCCUGCCAACGCGCAGAACGCAGGAUCGAGCUGCACGACGCCGAACGGCGCACCUGGCACGUGCAUCGGGAUAAGGCAGUGCGUGCCGCUGUUGAAUAUACUUCAGAUGCGUCCCCUUCCGUCUGAGGCGAUCAACUUCCUGAGGCAGUCGCAGUGCGGCUUCGCGGGAUCGAAUCCUGAGGUCUGCUGCCCAAAUCAAGGGCCGGACGUCAGCACGCCCUCCAGAGGCGACGGGACUCAAGUCCCGGACGGCUCGGGGAACCAGACUCCCACCGGGAACGAGGGCAAUGAGAACGUACAGUACGACCUGUCCAAUAAUCCUUUGCUGCCUGCCGACUGCGGCAAGGAUCUGUCGCAGAGGAUCGUCGGUGGAGACCGCACCGACAUAGACGAGUUCCCGUGGAUGGCGCUCUUGGAGUACUCGAAUCCGACCAGCAGGCGAACAGCCUGCGGCGGAGUGCUGAUCAGCAAGCGUUACGUGCUGACCGCAGCCCACUGCGUCUCGAGCGGCGAUCUGCCGAACAAUUGGCGGCUGGAGAACGUGCGCCUAGGGGAGUACGACACCAGCACGUCGACCGACUGCAUCUGGGACGGAGACGUGAUGACGGUCUGCGCGGACGACCCGAUCACGGUCUCCGUCGAGGAGCAGAUCGCCCACGAGAGCUACCGGCCGCGAUCGAAGGAGCGGAAGUUCGACAUCGCGCUGCUGAGGCUGUCGCGCGACGUCCUGUUCACCGACUACGUGAAGCCGAUCUGCCUGCCGACGACCGCGGAGAUCGGGCCGAAGCUGCACGCCGCCGGCUGGGGCAAAACGGAGAACACGUCGUCCUCGAACAUCAAGCUGAAGGUCUCGCUGCCGCUCAGCGACAGGGAGGCGUGCCAGGUGAACUACGGCAACGCGGGUAUAGUCCUGAGCCCGAAUCAAUUCUGCGCCGGCGGCGAGAGGGGCAAGGACACCUGCCAAGGGGACUCCGGCGGCCCCCUGAUGUACCGGAAGAGGAACCGAAGCGGGAACGCGAAAUGGUCCGUGGUCGGCGUCGUCUCCUUCGGGCCGAGCCCGUGCGGCACGCCCGGCUGGGCCGCCGUUUACACGAAAGUGAUCGACUUCAUGCCCUGGAUACUCAGCAAGAUGAGACCGUAAGGUGCUCGAGGUUAUCUGGGAGUCCGAUAGGUGUUCGUUUGGAUCCGCACGGCGAUACGCUCGCGGAGCGCGGUGUAAGGCAUAUUUGUAAUCUCCGAGGAGCGUCUAAGCAUCCUCCGAGGGGACGAUUGCGCGACUCGUCCGGAAGAGAAUGUUUCUCGCCACUGUAAUCUCGCUUUGUUCGACUUAAACGUCGCAAUAAAUGGAUUAUUCUAUCGUUA